GUCAGACAGGAUAACACGCUGUCCGCAUACAUAUCUCAUCCUCACUGUAAUGUAUUAAGUUAGAAGAUAACUUAGACCGUAUAUGAACAGCACUCCUUGCUACAGCAGGUGGCAGUAUGCAGUUUGUGAGCCUUCAGUGAGCAAGAAGAGGGCUCAUGUGUGACCUGGUGGCUCUCUUUACACUUUAUACUGUCUGAAUCUCACUGCAGCCCCGAUGGCAGCAUCAGCAGCAGCAGUGAGGGGGAUUCAUCGGUGGUUGGGGGCCUGCACUCAGAGCUGCCAGCGAGCAGCAGCCCCCCGCAGACCCCUCCUCACAGCCCCCCACCAUGCAGCUGCUGGGAGAGCCGCCUCCCCCCUGCAGGUGAGGACGUUUGCACUCUCUGCCUGCAGGCUGAGGGACACGGAUGAGUUUGGCAGUGGUCGCCGCACAGGAUUUACCGAGGAGGAGGAGGAGGAGGAUGGUGAAGAGUUCAUUGAUGACAGCGAGGUGGAGGAGCUGUUUGAGCAGCAAGCAGGCAUCGGAGAGGGUCAGCACAGGGUGUUCAUCGUUCACCCUGAUGUGAAGUGGGGAAGCAGGAAGCAGUACCUGACCACCGCUGAGCUCAUGAUGGCCGAGGCUGUGGGGCUUGUGAACACUUUAGACAACUGGAGAGUGGUGGACAAGAUCAUCCUCUCCACCAAGACCCCAGAGAAGAAGAGGAUAUUCGGCAAAGGCAACUUCCAGUCCCUUACAGAGAAAAUCCGACAAACAGCAGGAAUCACUGCUGUGUUUGUGAAUGUUGAGCGUCUGUCUCCUUUGUCUGAGAGGGAGCUGGAGGAAGCCUGGGGGGUUAAAGUGUUUGACAGAUACUCAGUGGUCCUCCACAUCUUCCGCUGCAACGCCAGGACUAAAGAGGCCAAGUUACAGAUCUCUCUGGCAGAGAUCCCCUUGUUAAGAUCUCGUCUGAAAAAUGAAAUCGCAAACUUGGACCAGCAGGGAGGAGGAUCGAGAUACAUCGGAGGUUCAGGUGAGACACUGCUGGAGGUCCAGCAGAGACUGCUGAAGGAGCGGGAGAUGAAGAUUCGCUCAGCGCUGGAAAAACUGCGGAAAAAGAGGCACCUGCUGAGAGCUCAGCGCAAACACAAGGAGUUCCCCACCGUCUCUGUGUUAGGAUAUACAAACUGUGGAAAAACGACCCUGAUCAAAGCACUGACAGGUGACAGCGGUCUUCAACCCAGAAACCAGCUGUUCGCCACCCUGGAUGUCACCGUCCAUGCCGGCCAGUUGCCCAGUCACAUGACUGUUCUGUACGUGGACACCAUCGGCUUCCUCUCCCAGCUGCCCCACCAGCUCAUCGACUCCUUCUCUGCCACCUUGGAAGACAUUAAAUACUCAGAUCUGCUGGUUCACGUCCGAGACAUCAGUCAUCCAGAGACGGUGAAUCAGAAGGUGAACGUACUGAAUGUCCUCAAGAACCUGCAAGUCCCUGACAGGCUGAUGAGCUCCAUGAUAGAGGUCCACAAUAAAAUUGACCUCAUUGACAACUAUCAACUCACAGAGCCCAACACGCUGCCCAUAUCAGCCCUGGAAGAGCGAGGCCUGGAUGAGCUGAAGAGAGCAGUGGAAGACGUGAUUGUGAACUCGACGGGAAAACACAUUUUAGACCUCAGUGUCGACCUCAGCAGUCCGCAGUUAAGCUGGCUGUACAAGCAGGCCACCGUUCAGGACGUGCAGGUGAAUGCAGAUGAAGGCUCGGCUGUUGUCAAGGUCAUCAUCAGCACCGCCGCUUACGGACGCUACAAGAAACUGUUCACAGACAGAUAGUAAAGCAGGGAGGAGCGGGAUCCUUCCUGCUGCAGAUCCAAAGAAAUGACGGACUGCAAACUGUACCACAAACAUAUUUAAGACAAAAGACUGUGUAUGUAUUGUACAGUAUAUUAAAAUAUAUGAAAA